UUUUCUAUAAAACCACACUCAAGACUUCCUCUUUUUAUUGCUUCAAUUUCUUCCAAAACCCUAGAUCUCCCUUUUCCCUCUACUAUCUCUUGUGUUGGCGUGUUGUUUCGGUUUCCUUCUUUGUGAGCACAGCAAAAACAAUGGCGGAGGCGGAGACGUUUGCUUUCCAAGCUGAGAUCAAUCAGCUGCUGAGUUUGAUCAUCAACACUUUCUACAGCAACAAAGAGAUAUUUCUUCGUGAACUCAUCAGCAAUUCCUCUGAUGCUUUGGAUAAGAUUCGAUUUGAUAGUUUGACUGACAAGAGCAAGCUCGAUGCCCAACCCGAGCUUUUCAUUCACAUUAUUCCUGACAAGGCCAGCAAUACUCUCACUAUUAUUGAUAGUGGUAUUGGAAUGACCAAGUCUGACUUGGUGAACAACCUCGGUACCAUUGCAAGGUCUGGAACCAAGGAGUUCAUGGAAGCUGUUACUGCUGGCGCUGAUGUUAGUAUGAUUGGACAGUUUGGCGUCGGGUUCUACUCGGCUUACUUGGUUGCUGACAAGGUUGUUGUCACCACCAAACACAAUGAUGAUGAGCAGUAUGUGUGGGAGUCUCAGGCUGGUGGUUCAUUCACGGUCACCAGGGAUACCUCUGGUGAGAACCUUGGCAGAGGUACUAAGAUCACUCUCUUCCUUAAGGAAGACCAAUUGGAGUACCUUGAGGAGCGUCGUCUCAAGGAUCUGAUUAAGAAACAUUCUGAGUUUAUUAGCUAUCCGAUUUCCCUUUGGAUUGAGAAGACCACUGAGAAGGAGAUUUCUGAUGAUGAGGACGAGGAAGAUAAGAAGGACGAGGAAGAUAAGAAGGAUGAGGAGGGUAAUGUAGAGGAUGUUGAUGAGGAGAAGGACAAGGAAGAGAAGAAAAAGAAGAAGAUCAAGGAAAUUUCACAUGAGUGGUCUUUGGUGAACAAGCAGAAGCCCAUCUGGAUGAGGAAACCAGAGGAGAUCACUAAAGAGGAGUAUGGUGCCUUUUACAAGAGCCUUACCAAUGACUGGGAGGAGCACCUUGCAGUGAAGCACUUCUCAGUUGAGGGCCAGCUUGAGUUCAAAGCUGUCCUCUUUGUUCCUAAGAGGGCACCAUUUGACCUCUUUGACACCAAGAAGAAGCAGAACAACAUCAAGCUCUAUGUCCGCCGUGUCUUCAUCAUGGACAACUGUGAGGAGUUGAUGCCUGAAUACUUGAGCUUUGUGAAGGGUAUAGUGGAUUCUGAGGAUCUUCCUCUCAAUAUUUCAAGAGAAAUGCUUCAGCAGAACAAGAUCCUCAAGGUUAUCCGCAAGAACUUGGUCAAGAAGUGCGUUGAGCUCUUCUUUGAGAUUGCCGAGAACAAGGAAGAUUAUGACAAAUUCUACGAGGCAUUCUCUAAGAAUUUGAAGCUUGGUAUUCAUGAGGAUUCUCAGAACAAAUCUAAGAUUGCUGAGUUACUUCGAUAUCACUCGACUAAGAGUGGUGAUGAGUUGACCAGCCUGAAGGAUUAUGUGACAAGGAUGAAGGAGGGCCAGAGUGAUAUCUAUUACAUUACAGGAGAGAGCAAGAAGGCUGUUGAGAACUCCCCGUUCCUUGAGAAGCUGAAGAAGAAGGGAUAUGAGGUUCUGUAUAUGGUCGAUGCAAUUGAUGAAUAUGCCGUGGGACAACUAAAGGAAUUUGAAGGAAAGAAAUUGGUGUCUGCAACCAAGGAAGGUCUUAAGAUUGACGAGACUGAAGAUGAGAAAAAGAAGAAAGAAGAGUUGACGGAGAAGUUUGAGGGUCUGUGCAAGGUGAUCAAGGAUGUGCUUGGUGACAGGGUGGAGAAGGUUGUGGUAUCUGAUCGUGUGGUGGACUCUCCCUGCUGCUUGGUCACUGGAGAGUAUGGUUGGAGUGCGAACAUGGAAAGAAUCAUGAAGGCACAAGCACUGAGGGAUAACAGCAUGGCUGGGUAUAUGUCAAGCAAGAAGACAAUGGAGAUUAAUCCGGAGAACCCAAUCAUGGAUGAGUUGAGGAAGAGGGCUGAUGCUGACAAGAAUGACAAAUCAGUGAAGGACCUGGUCCUCUUGCUAUUUGAGACUGCUUUGCUAACAUCUGGGUUCAGCUUGGAUGAUCCUAACACCUUUGGCAGUCGCAUCCACAGAAUGCUGAAAUUGGGACUGAGCAUUGAUGAAGACACUGCUGGUGCUGACACUGACAUGCCUCCUUUGGAAGAUGCUGCUGAUGAUGCUGAGGAGGGUAGCAAGAUGGAGGAGGUUGACUAAACCCCGGCACUGCAACAGGCCCGUCUCAAGAAGUAGUAGCAUCUACUAGAGUGGUCCCCUCCUAUCCUUCUCCUUCAUUAAUCUAAUCUCAGUCUUCACAAUUAUUGAUUUUGGUUUUGUUAGGGUUUAUCAAGGAUGGUAUCUACUUUUGUUAUUAAGACAUGGUUUCUUUUUCAAUUUAAGCAAGGUACAUGGAAUUUCAUCCCCA